AACUCUACGUUCGCUUUGGAUGCACAACUUUAUUGACAGCGGAACAGCCGUUACGUUGCUGCUAAUGGAAACACGCGCCCUGUUUUGCAGCUGAAGGUUAAACGUGGCCAAAGUUACGGUUUAGGUAGAAGCCCGAUACAGGCUGGGAUUGUCACCAGGGUGGGUUCGGGGUAAAUUCGGUGAGGCAGAAACGUGGAGAUGGAUCCCAUGAAGGCGCAGCAGCUGGCGGCGGAGCUGGAAGUCGAAAUGAUGGCGGACAUGUACAAUCGCAUGACCAAUGCCUGCCACAGGAAGUGUGUGCCCCCCCACUACAAGGAAGCAGAGCUUUCUAAGGGAGAGGCUGUGUGCCUGGACCGCUGUGUAGCCAAGUACUUGGAGCUUCAUGAACGGCUGGGCCGCAAGCUGACUGAACUGUCUGUACAGGAUGAGGAGCUGAUGAAGCGUGCUGCUGGCUCCGCCUCUGGAUAGGUCUCUACUCAUCUUCCGGGAGAGGGGGAGGGGGGCCCACUGAAUCCCCCUUUGGCUUUCUUUAGAUCAUGAGGAACUGAUGUAACUGCUGUCAUUCUCAGCCUCAAACCAGGGCGGGAGAGGGGCUGCUUUAGCUCCAGUUGUGUGAGGGUGACAUGGGUUUGUAAUAUGUUAAUGAAUUAUUAAUUCCAGGUUGGUUUGACAGUUGAAGCUGAUUUCUUCCCCUUUCUUGAAUAAUAGCAAGUUGUUACUGUUUAAGUACUGUACAAUCAGCCAGCAAUUAUUUUACACUGGGUUUAAUGCUCUAUUUCUGUUCUAAAAUAAGCCAGAGUAAAACCGUUGUAACAAAUGGCCUUGUGUGUGUCCAUGGGAGCCUGUAGCAUGCUAUAAAUGAAUGCAUACUUGCA